AUGUCCGUCGAACUCAUACCCGCCGAGUUGGGCUUCAGACGUCCUUUCGAUCAUGAAGUCACAGAGACCCUCAAACUCGCCAACCCCAACUCGGCUCCUGUCGCCUUCAAGGUCAAAACCACCGCCCCAAAGCAAUACUGUGUGCGACCCAACUCCGGCGUCAUCCAGCCUAAUGAGUCUGUCGAAGUCCAGGUCCUCCUUCAGGCCAUGAAAGAAGAGCCUCCACUCGAUGCCAAAUGCCGCGACAAGUUCCUCGUUCAGUCCGUUCUCACUUCGGCCGACCAAGAUCCCAACGUCACCACCCUCUGGCAAACCGUCGAAAAGACGGCCAAACAAUCCAUUCAAGAGCGCAAGAUUCGCGUCAACUUCCUCCCUGCCGCUGGUGCUACUCCCAACGGUGUCUCUUCUUCCCAUGAAGAUCCUCCAGCAUAUUCUUCUCCCUCGCCGCAAUUCGGUUCACCAGCUGCCGCCGUCUCAACUCCCGCCAGAAGCUCCUCCACCGCCGUCUCCGCCAAAUCCACGGCUGCCAAUGCUUCCGAGGCCACCGGUAUUUCCGCCGCCGCCGCCGCUGUUUCUAAUGCUAUCCCGACAUCCAACGAAGAAUUGAAGGAACAACUGGCCGCUGCAAAGGCCCAGAUCACGAAACUCAGCAAUCAGAUCCAAGAUCCCCAAUUCCGCCAGAGGAAGGCCGCAGAAGCAAGCGAGAAGGUUCAGACCAUCGUCCAACAAAGCAAUGAGUCCGGUGUCCCCCUACAGAUUGUUGCAGGGUUAUGUCUGCUCAGUUUCCUCAUCGCCUAUCUAUUUUUCUGA